AUGGAUGGGGAUGAAUAUGGGGAUAAAUGUGGGGAUGAAUGUGGAGAUGAAUGUGGGGAUGAAUGUGGGGAUGAAUGUGGGGAUGAAUGUGGGGAUGAAUGUAGGGAUGAAUGUGGGGAUGAAUGUGGGGAUGAAUGUAGGGAUGAAUAUGAAUGUAGGGAUGAAUGUGGGGAUGAAUGUGGGGAUGAAUGUAGGGAUGAAUGUAGAGAUGAAUGUGGGGAUGAAUGUGGGGAUGAAUGUGGGGAUAAAUAUAGGGAUAAAUGUAGGGAUGAAUGUGGGGAUGAAUGUAGGGAUGAAUGUAGGGAUGAAUGUAGGGAUGAAUGUAGGGAUGAAUGUGGGGAUGAAUGUGGGGAUGAAUGUAGGGAUGAAUGUAGAGAUGAAUGUGGGGAUGAAUGUGGGGAUGAAUGUGGGGAUAAAUAUGGGGAUAAAUGUAGGGAUGAAUGUAGGGAUAAAUGUAGGGAUGAAUGUAGAGAUGAAUGUGGGGAUGAAUGUGGGGAUGAAUGUGGGGAUAAAUAUGGGGAUAAAUGUAGGGAUGAAUGUGGGGAUGAAUGUGGGGAUGAAUAUGGGGAUAAAUGUAGGGAUAAAUGUGGGGAUGAAUGUAGGGAUGAAUGUGGGGAUGAAUGUAGGGAUGAAUGUGGGGAUGAAUGUAGGGAUGAAUGUGGGGAUGAAUGUAGGGAUGAAUGUGGGGAUGAAUGUAGAGAUGAAUGUGGGGAUGAAUGUGGGGAUGAAUGUGGGGAUGAAUGUAGGGAUGAAUGGAUGAAUGUAGGGAUGAAAUGUGGGGAUGAAUGUAGGGAUGAAUGUGGGGAUGAAUGUAGGGAUGAAUGUGGGGAUGAAUGUAGGGAUGAAUGUGGGGAUGAAUGUAGAGAUGAAUGUGGGGAUGAAUGUGGGGAUGAAUGUGGGGAUAAAUGUAGGGAUGAAUGUAGGGAUGAAUGUGGGGAUGAAUGUGGGGAUGAAUGUGGGGAUGAAUGUGGGGAUGAAUGUGGGGAUAAAUGUAGGGAUGAAUGUGGUACUGGUACCCGGUGCAAACGCAAGGUCUACGUCGCGUGUGCCGAGGCGAAAUAUUAG